AGAGGGGCGGGGCAGGGAUGGGAAAGUGAGCAUGCAUCCAUCCUCUGUCCCAGCCAGAACCCGUCAGCCCCACGCUGGCCUUAGCCCAUUGCUCCAUUCCAGAGCCUCCCUCGCCUGGCCAGGCCGGUAACUCCCCGCAGUCGGGCGGCAGCGCGUGCGCCGCGGAGAGAGAGGCAGGCAGCAAGCGGGCGCGGGCGCGGGCGCUGCGGGCAGAGGCAGGCGGGCGAGCCCAAGCAGCCGCGAGCCGAGCGCUCUCUGCACGCGGCGCCUCCAGCGCGGGGGGAAUCCGAGAGGGGGCGGGAACCGGAGGCGUGCGAGGGAGCAUCUUGCCGGUCCCGGGCCCUGCAGGAUGAAGCGGCGCCAGGCAUCCCACCUGGGCGAGCCUGUGACCCCAGAUCUACUGAUGACCCCUAGUGAUCAGGGUGAUGGAGACUUGGGAGUAGACUUUACUGCAGAUCGUGGAAACUGGACAGGGAAGCUGGACUUCCUCCUCUCCUGCAUUGGCUACUGUGUGGGCCUGGGCAAUGUCUGGCGCUUCCCCUAUCGUGCUUACACCAACGGAGGAGGCGCCUUUCUUGUUCCCUACUUCAUCAUGCUGACCAUCUGUGGCAUCCCUCUCUUCUUCCUGGAACUCUCCCUUGGCCAAUUCUCCAGCCUGGGCCCCCUUGCUGUCUGGAAGAUCAGUCCUCUCUUCAAAGGUGUUGGCGUGGCCAUGCUGAUCAUCGUCUCCCUGGUGGCUAUCUACUACAAUAUGAUCAUCGCCUACGUCUUGUUUUACCUCUUCGCCUCCCUAACCAGCCACCUGCCCUGGCAGCACUGUGGUAACUGGUGGAACACAGACCUCUGCCUGGACCACCAUGCAAUGAGAGAAGCCAAUGCCACAACAGCCAUCAACCUCUCUAAUACUGUCAGCCCCAGUGAGGAGUACUGGAGCCGGUAUGUCCUCCACAUCCAAGGGAGUGCAGGCAUCGGAGAUCCAGGUGAAAUCCAGUGGAAACUCUGUCUCUGCCUCUUACUCUCCUGGGUCAUCGUCUUCCUCUGUAUCCUCAAGGGAGUAAAAUCCUCUGGCAAGGUGGUGUAUUUUACAGCCACCUUCCCAUACCUCAUCCUCAUCAUGCUGCUAAUUCGGGGACUGACACUUCAAGGUGCCUGGAAAGGGAUCCAGUUCUAUCUCACACCCCAGUUUGAUCACCUUCUAACCUCCAAGGUAUGGAUUGAGGCAGCCUUGCAGAUCUUCUAUUCCCUGGGGGUGGGCUUUGGGGGCCUCCUUACCUUUGCCUCUUACAACACCUUUCACCAAAAUAUCUACAGAGACACAUUCAUUGUCACCUUGGGCAAUGCAAUCACUAGCAUUCUGGCUGGCUUCGCCAUCUUCUCUGUGCUGGGCUACAUGUCUCAGGAGCUGGGAGUUCCUGUGGACCAGGUGGCCAAAGCAGGGCCUGGUCUGGCAUUUGUGGUCUACCCCCAGGCCAUGACGAUGCUCCCCCUGUCACCAUUCUGGUCUUUUCUCUUCUUUUUCAUGCUGCUGACCCUAGGCUUGGACAGUCAGUUUGCCUUCCUAGAAACCAUUGUGACAGCUUUGACGGAUGAGUUCCCUUACUAUCUUCGGCCCAAAAAGGCCAUUUUCUCCGGCACCAUCUGUGUGGCCAUGUUUCUGAUGGGCCUCAUCCUUACUACAGAUGGAGGCAUGUAUUGGCUGGUUCUGCUAGAUGACUACAGUGCUGGCUUUGGACUCAUGGUAGUGGUGAUUACAACCUGCCUCACCGUUACCCGUGUGUAUGGUAUCAAAAGGUUUUGUCGGGACAUUCAUAUGAUGCUGGGCUUCAAACCUGGCCUCUACUUUAAGGCCUGUUGGAUGUUUCUGUCUCCAGCAACUCUAAUGGCGCUGCUGGUAUAUAGCAUUGUGAAAUACCAACCCUCGGAAUAUGGCACUUACCGGUUCCCAUACUGGGCAGAGCUCCUGGGCAUCCUGAUGGGCCUCCUGUCUUGUGCCGUGAUCCCUGCCUGCAUGCUACCUGCUGUGCUCAGGGAAGAGGGGACACUGUGGGAGAGGAUCCAGCAAGCCAGCCGUCCAGCCAUGGACUGGGGUCCUUCUCUGGAGGAGAACAGGACAGGCAUGUAUGUGGCCACCCUGGCAGGUAGCCAGUCGCCUAAGCCUCUGAUGGUUCACAUGAGGAAAUACGGUGGCAUCACCAGCUUCGAGAACACAGCCAUUGAGGUGGACCGGGAAAUCGAAGAAGAGGAGUCCAUGAUGUGAGAGAUGGGGAGCAGGGCCCCUGGGACAAAGGUCUACAGAACUAUGGGCCCCGCAGGCCCUCCCCCAUAAGCAGGGUGAUUACUGUGGGUCUGAAACUUCUGUCCCAGGGCCAAGAGGCUGUGUGUGUGUGUGGGUAUGUUCCUGGGGAUCCCUGGGAGGAAAUGGGGCAGGAUGAAGUGAUCCUUUCUGUCUUAGGUGUGGUCAGAAAUCAAGCCCUGUCCUGCUUGAAUUGUUUCCAUCCUCACUGCCCAUACACCUCCCUUGGGCCCAGGUCACCAACAAAGCAAUCAUUCCUGACUUCUCCCAUUUCCCCCAUCUGGACUGUCCUUUGCACACCUGUCCUAUGGCAGAAACCUUCCCCAAACCCAUGCUGCUACAAGGAAUGUCCUUUGGAACCUGGGGGACAGGGUAGAAGAACCCAUAAAGAUGUUUGGAGCAGGAGUUUAGAGUAGCCAUUGGCCUGCUAACAACUUGGAUCAACCACCUGUAUCUUUUCAGGGCCUCAGCCUAAAGGAUCUGAGGGAGAUCCUUGCCUCUUCUUGUUUUCCAGUAGACUGGGCCCUGGCCAUUCCAUUCAUUAAGCAUUUCUUCUAGGCCCAGCCUUGUGGUAGACUGUAGGGAAUAAAGCAGAGUAUGAGAUAAGCUUCCUGUCCCAAGAAUUUACAGUAAAGCUGGAGAAAUAAGGCAGAAAGCACAAACAAAAAUAUGCCAGGUUUCUACAGUCACUGCAGUAGGAAUUCAGAGAUGGGAGAGAUGGCAAUGAAUCUGAAUAUUUCAGGGAAGCUCCCUGGAGGAUGCAACCACACAAGAACAAGUAGGAUUUGGCUAAGGAUUAGGAUCAGGACUGGCAGCACAUACAAGCAGGAGAUACAAUCUGAGUCAAAAUUUGGGACAGGACAGACACUGAACUGGCUAAAAUGAAAGAGAGAAAUGAACUUAAGUGGAGGAGAGAGGGAUGUAAUCAUAUUGGAGAGGACUUGAAAUGCUAAGAUGCGAACUCACUAGGGAACCAUUGAAGAUAUUGUGGGGAGCAGGGCAUUAGGAAGUUAAAUGACCCAGGGUACAAAUUGAAUUGGAGGAAAGAAGCCAGUGCCAACAGGGAGAAGAAGGGAAAGGAAAGGCAGAAUCAGAAAAUUAAGCUGUGGCAGGAGAGGUCCCUGGAAGUGAUGCUGACUGGGAUCCAGAUCAGAGGAGUUUGAGAUGAAAGGUUCAUAUGUGGCCUCACUCAUGUGUUGUCAGGAAGACAACAAAAAGGAUUAUUUUUGAUCCCUAAUCACAUUCCCCAUAGUGAUUCUUCCAGACCCUCUCUUCUCUUCCAACCUCCAUUUCUCAUCCCAUACUUAGACCAGAUGAUCUAAAACUGAGACCCUCUGACAGGAGUUUACCUUCCUUCCCACCUUAAAGAAAGGAGUAUCCCAUAUUUCCUAUGAAUGUUGAUCCUCUGGACCUCUCCUUUAGCAAUUACCCUUUGUUCUUUAGACAUCUUGAAUCUUUCUUUCACUGGUUACUUUCCAAGAUCCUGUAAACAUUCUCCAGGCUCCCUGAAACUCAGUCUCUUUCUAUUCCUUCCAUCUAUGGGACUAUGGUCCCUUCUUUCCCCUCCCCUUCACUGCCAAAUUUACUAAAGCAGUUGUCAACAUGCACGACUCCCAUUCCUAACCACCCACUCUCUUCUCUACCCUUUGCAAUCUGACUUGUAUCAGUGACUUUCAAGUCAUAAAGGGUGUGGAACUUAACAACUCCCUCUCUUCCAGAUGAUCUCUCCUCCUUUGGUUCCCAGGACAUUGGCUCUCCUUCUACCUCUCUCCCCACUUUGGUCUCCAUUGACUUCAGUUCUCUUCCCAAAGCCCUUAAGAUGGGUAGUACCCCCAAAUGUUUUCUUCUUAGCCCUCUCUUCCCUUGUCCAUAUUCUUCACUUCUGGUGAUCUCAUCACUCCUAUGGCUUCAACUAUCACCUGUAUAUGUAGGACCUGAGAAUCUAUAUCCUGUGCCCUGCCUCCCACAUCUUCUGUCUGGAUGGGAUACCUCUAUCUCAAUAUCCCAGAAGCACUUCAAAUUCAUCUUAGACAAACUUGAACUUCUAUUCCCCCCCCUCCCCCCAGUCAGACUUCUUUUCCUCUUAACUUCAUUAUUUUGAUUGCAGAUACCAAGUGAAGCUCACUGGGCAUAAGAAUUGUCCUCUUCUGCUUUGAGCAGGCAGCUACCCCUGGGUCACCUGGAGAUGGGGAGAGAGGAGAUCUGGGAUUGCCUUGCCUUAGUUGAGUUCUGUUCUCCUCAGGGCUAUAUUUCAUUCUUCUUUCUCCCAUCACAUCCCCCUAAAGUUACUCUGUCCUUUUCAAUUCUACCUCUGCAAAAUAUUUUUCAUCAGUUCUUCUGUAUUCUAUGCCAAUCAUCAUAAUAUAGGCCCUCUUUUCUACCCACCUAGACUACUGUAACAAUUUCCUAAAAGAUUCUUCUUAUUUCCACCAUGUCCCCCUUUCAGCCUCUCCUUCCCACCCCUUUCAGAUUUCUUAGGCACAAAUCACAUCAUGCCACCUCUCUGCUCAAAAUUUCUACUCUGUAGAAUUCUGAUGGGGAUCAGCAAGGAGGCACCACAGAUAGAGCACUGGCCCUGGAGACAGGGAGACCAGAGUUCAAAUCUGACCUCAGACAUUAGCUGUAGCCCUGGGCAAGUCACUUAACCCUGUUUGCUUUAGUCUCCUCAACUGUAAAAUAAGCUGGAGAAGGAAAUGGCAAACCACUCAAGGAUUUUUGCCAAGAGAACCCCAAACAGGGUCACAGAGAGUCAGACAUGACUUAAAAUUUCCUAAACAACAACAAAGCGUUCCAAUUCCUUUGCCUGACCUUCUAGACAACCUCCCUCCCUUAGAACCUGGUGUACCACACUUAGUACUUUUCCAGCCUUCUUUUAUUGGACUGUUCACCAUCCUCCAAAUAUACUCCAUGCUUUCCUGUCUCCAUGUCUUUCCUCACAGAUGGCAGCUAAGGAAAAACCUUGGCCCCUUUCCCAUCUAUGGAAAAGCUCAGAUGAUUUCUUUCCUUGGAAUGGGAUGGGGCUGCCCAGAGGCCCAAAAGCCGAGUGUAGAAGACUCGACUAUUGAAUUUCUAGGCUCUCGUGAUGCCUCUUCCUCCUCCAGGAAGUCUUCUCUAAUCCCUCAUUUCUCUUGCAUCCCUCACAUGGCAUUUUGUCCUUUUCUAAUUAAUUUUGGUAGUCAUUUACAUAACUAUUUGUCUAGGGGCCCCAUGCCAAUAUAAAUAUAGCCACUGUAGCUUAUGAAGAUUGCCUGACAAGACAUGGAAGGACUGUAAUGGAUAGAGGACCAAUAAGGAAAUCUCAGCUCUUAGGAGUAUAGUUCUGAGUGUAUGGGAUAUCCUCCUGCUAUACUGUAAGUUCCAUAAAGACAAGGGCCAUUUUCUUCAUUUCAUAUCCCACCCAGUACCUUGUACAGUACACUGUACACAGUUGAUGCUUAAUAAAUGUUUCUAGAAUCAGGCAGAUCACACUCAGUUCCCCACAAUAGCAGUCUAAUCUUGAGUCUCUCUUCCAUACACUACUUACCAGCCUCAGGCCUCAAGCAGUCAUGCCAUGGUAAGAUCCUGCCCCUUCUUCCUCAUCUCUGGGACCCAAAAAGCCCAGAAACCAGACAGGAACUCUCUGACCAAAGAAUGGUCCAAGCUUGGCCAGGGGAGUUGGGGAAGGGGGAGGAUGGAUGCCCAAGUUAGCAGCAUAGAUAAGAAUAACCUUAGAGGAAGAACUGCUGCCAGUCCUAACCUAGGGUACCCAUGGGAAAUGCUCCCUUAUCUACCAAAGGGGAUCCUGGCAGACUGCCAGGCUUAGGGCCUCUGCCCAACUAUAUUGUCCCAAUCUCUCUGAGACAGAAAUACUGAAGAGACCAAGAAGAAAGAAAGAAUCAAGCGCCCUGUGUUCUUAUCCCAGCACCAUGGGCAUUUCUCUUUCUGCCUAGGGAAGGGAAUCUGUCCAGGUGGUAUCUGUGCCCCUUGAGAUGGUGGGACCUACUAGGAUAUGAGGGUGCACAUAUCCACGAGGCAGCUUGUUUCUUGCAAAUAGUAUUAUACAAAGGGUGCAGGCACUCAUUCUUAAGGUAGAAUUGAACAGUGUAAUUGUGGUCUUCUGUGAACCAUAUCCUUUCUUCCGAUGUGUUUUGUUCUCUUGACUGUCUGUGUUCUGUUAGUUCAGUGUUAAUAAACACUCAGUGAGUAGCCUUCCAGACAA